CCAACCGAUGGCGUGAGAUAGGGUGCUGACCUUUCUCGCCGAGGCUCGCCGUGGCCCCACACGGCGGCCUCUGCUCGCGUUUUCGAGCCAGGACCUUCGUCCGGGCCCACGGCCGGCACGCCGUCAAAUUUUCUCGCCGAUCCCGCGCGCUCGGCCGCCACCGCGGCGCCUCCGAGAGCGCCGUUUCGACACGCUGCAGCCGCGGGCCGCGGCACCUCGACACACCGCCUCUCGCGCCGCCUCGAGGUGCUCCGAUCGUGCACGCGGGUCGGCUCGGCACGGCGCUCGCUCGAGCCUCGCCGUCCGGGCGGUCCUGCGCGUCCAGAUCUCGGCGACCAUGACCCGCCACGCGCCAGCUCUGCACCUCUCCCGCGCGCGCCCGGCUGCUGGCAUGGCGAGGCGGGCGAGGCUGGCGCGCUGCGACCGGUGGAGCGCCGCGCGGGCAGCGCACCAGCCUCGCACGCACCUCUCCACUGCGCCGCGUGCGCCGCUGGCAGUGUGCUGCGCUCCCUCCCUCUCUCUCUCUCUCUCUCCCUCCCCCCC